UAUUUACUCGCUCUAUUUGUAGAUGUCUUUGGCAGACGAGCUGCUUGCCGACUUGGAGGAGGCAAGAGAAGAAGAGGACGGGCAGUACCCCGGUGAAGAAGAGGGUGAGAGUGAUGGGGAACCCAGCGAGAGACAAACUGGAGGUCUGGAGGACAUACCCGAGGAGAUGGAGGUGGAUUACAGUGGGACGGAGAGUGUCACAUCCAUAGCAAAACUAAGACACAGCAAGCCAUUCGCUGAAAUCAUGGAUAAAGUCGGUCAAUAUGUUGGAAAUCAAAAAAAGAAUUCGGAAGUAUCUGGACCUGUCGAAUCAGACCCAGAGUACAGACUCAUUGUCUCUGCCAACAAUCUGACAGUGGAAAUAGACAAUGAACUUAAUAUCAUUCACAAGUUUGUUCGUGACAAGUACUCCAAAAGGUUUCCUGAACUGGAGUCCCUGGUGCCAAAUGCACUAGAUUAUAUCAGAACUGUUAAGGAGCUGGGCAACAAUCUAGAGAAGUGCAAAAACAAUGAGACACUCCAGCAGAUCUUGACCAAUGCUACUAUCAUGGUGGUCAGUGUCACCGCCUCAACCACACAAGGAACAAUGCUUGGUGAUGAUGAGCUCCAGCGAUUGGAGGAAGCGUGUGACAUGGCCCUUGAGCUUAACCAAUCAAAACACAGGAUCUAUGAAUAUGUGGAAUCCAGGAUGUCAUUUAUUGCUCCAAAUCUUUCCAUUAUUGUUGGAGCUUCAACUGCUGCCAAAAUCAUGGGUGUUGCUGGUGGGCUGACUAACCUGUCCAAGAUGCCUGCAUGUAAUCUGAUGUUACUGGGAGCCCAGCGGAGGACACUGUCUGGAUUCAGCAGCACGUCCCUGCUGCCCCACACAGGCUACAUCUACCACUGUGAUGUAGUGCAGUCUCUGCCUCCAGAUCUGAGGAGAAAAGCAGCUCGUCUGGUUGCAGCUAAAUGCACUCUGGCUUCUCGUGUGGACAGUUUUCACGAGAGUACUGUUGGCAAGGUUGGCUAUGAUCUGAAGGAAGAGAUCGAGCGAAAGUUUGAUAAAUGGCAGGAGCCCCCUCCAGUCAAGCAGGUGAAGCCUCUUCCAGCUCCCCUGGAUGGACAGAGGAAGAAGAGAGGAGGUAGAAGGUAUCGUAAAAUGAAAGAGAGGCUGGGUCUGACAGAAAUUAGGAAACAUGCCAACAGAAUGACAUUUGCAGAGAUCGAGGAUGAUGCUUAUCAGGAGGAUCUGGGCUUCAGUCUCGGUCAACUGGGAAAGUCUGGUAGUGGCAGGGUCAGGCAAGCUCAGGUCAAUGACUCCACCAAGGCCAGAAUAUCCAAAUCCUUACAGCGGACACUGCAAAAGCAGAGCAUGACGUACGGUGGGAAGUCCACUGUCAGAGACCGAUCAUCUGGAACCAGCUCAAGUGUGGCCUUCACUCCUUUACAGGGGCUCGAGAUUGUGAACCCGCAGGCUGCAGAAAAGAAGGUGGGCGAAGCCAAUCAGAAAUAUUUCUCCAACAUGGCUGAGUUCCUCAAAAUCAAGCGUGAGAAGGAGGACAAGGUGUGAGGCUGUGUGUUAGACGGAGGAAACCACAUAUAUCGACAGCCGUGGACGGAUUCACACUUCAACCGCUAAUUUAUACUCCGACACCACACCCACUCAGACGGACAUGUGUGAGGACAGCACAAGGACAUGUGACUGGAGAUCUUAUUUUCUGUGCAGAGGAAAUGAAGAGGGAGAGAAACAUGUUCUGGUGUACAUUUUUGAUUUUUGUUCAUUUUAUCUUUUUUUUUAAUGUGUACAAAGGAAUUGUGAGCUGUAUAUAAAUCACAAACAACAUGGUAAAUGCAAGUUGUUUUAAGCAUUUU